ACCACCGUCAGCAAUAUGGGGUCAGAAAACCCAAGCCCGCAAAAUCCCAGCUGUAAAAUUAUGACGUUCCAUCCGACGCUAGAAGAAUUCCAGGAUUUUGGAAAGUACAUCGCUUACAUCGAAUCCCAAGGUGCCCACCGGGCAGGGCUUGCUAAGGUGAUCCCUCCCAAAGAAUGGAAGCCCCGCAAGACUUACGACGACAUCGACAGCAUGGUGAUCCCUGCUCCCAUUCAGCAGGUGGUGACUGGCCAGUCCGGGCUCUUCACCCAGUACAACAUUCAGAAGAAACCCAUGCUGGUUGGAGACUAUCGUCGCUUGGCUAAUAGUGAGAAGUACUGUACUCCUCGUCAUCAGGAUUUUGAUGAUCUGGAACGCAAAUACUGGAAGAAUUUGACUUUUGUGUCCCCUAUCUACGGGGCGGAUAUCAGUGGCUCCUUGUAUGAUGGGGAUGUGGACGAGUGGAACAUUGGGAACCUGAACACUCUCCUUGACAUGGUGGAGCAUCAGUGUGGGAUUAUCAUAGAAGGCGUGAACACCCCCUACCUCUACUUUGGGAUGUGGAAGACCACGUUUGCGUGGCACACGGAGGACAUGGAUCUCUACAGCAUCAACUACCUGCAUUUUGGAGAACCCAAGUCAUGGUAUGCUAUACCUCCAGAGCAUGGCAAGAGGCUGGAAAGACUGGCCAAAGGUAAGAUUAUUACGUACCUUAACGGGGUUGACUCUGCGCCUGCUCAAGGGCUAACUUAGGAUAAUUGAAUCAAUAAUGUUACACAGCCGUUGAUGCUGCAUAAUCUGAGAACAUGUCUGUAGCUGUACAUAAUA